AGAUGGGCUUAAUAUAAACCAGGUUUGCUGAGAAAGAAUUAGAGAGGCAGCCCCAGAAGAGAAGAAGGAUUUCCUGCAGGAGGCUGAUUGGAAAUUCAGCGCUCGGAGAAGAAGGGAGUGCGGUGGAACGCCUGGUCAAAAACAAGCAGGUUGGGAGAAAAGCCAUGACACUGAACAAUGUCACAAUGCGUCGCACCAGUGGUGCCUUGCAGCCGCAACAUCAGCGCUGGAGCAUCCCAGCAGACGGGAGGAAUCUGGUGGUUCAGAAAGACCCUCAUGAGUGCCUUCGACACAAAAGGUACACCAUCAGUCCUGAAGAGUAUUAUCGAAGAAGCUGGUCAUCAGAGUCUUCUGAUUCUGUCAUCUCCUCCGAGUCAGGAAAUACCUUCUACCGCGUGGUCCUCAUUGGGGAACAAGGGGUUGGCAAAACCACCAUAGCAAAUGUCUUCGCAGGGGUGCACGACAGCAUGGACAGUGACUGCGAAGUGCUUGGAGAAGACACCUAUGAACGAACCUUGCUGGUAGAUGGCGAGAGCACAACCAUCAUGCUUGUUGACAUGUGGGAAAACAAGGGUGCAAAUGGAUGGAUCCAGGAUCACUGCAUGCAGAUUGGCGAUGCUUAUCUCAUAGUCUAUUCCAUCACAGACCGUGCAAGCUUUGAGAGAGCAUCAGAGCUCAGGAUACAGCUCCGCAGGGCCCGUCAGGCAGAAGACAUCCCCAUCAUUUUAGUGGGCAACAAAAGCGAUCUAGUUCGGUGCCGUGAAGUCUCUGUUGCAGAGGGCAGAGCUUGUGCUGUCGUAUUUGACUGUAAGUUCAUUGAGACUUCAGCUGCUGUCCAGCACAAUGUGAAGGAGCUGUUUGAAGGGAUUGUGCGUCAAGUGCGGCUCAGAAGAGACAGCAAAGAAAAGAAUGAGAAGAGGCUGGCAUACCAGAAGAGGAGAGAAAGCAUUCCCAAGAAAGCCAGGCGAUUCUGGGGCAAAAUUGUUGCCAAGAAAAACAAGAACAUGGCUUUCAAACUUAAGUCCAAGUCUUGUCACGAUCUCUCUGUCCUUUAGGAACAUCAACCCAUCCCAGAUGUGCUUUUUUCAUGGACAUGACUUGACUCCAUAUUGAACAAUAAAUCAAUCUAUAUUAGAUUGGCCAACAAACAGCAUAAAUUGACUUUGAUUCACAGUUGUGAUUAUUGUGAUGAAAUGUGCCAGCAAUAAGCACAGCCUAAUGCAUGCAUGGAAGAAGAGAAAGUCAUACUUGUUUUGGUUUAUAGUUUAAGCGUGUGUGUAGGUGUGGAAGUAAACAGCUUUGUCUUAAACACAAGAACAUUCCGCACUUACAAUGAGAUGUAUUCCUAUUGUUGCCUUUGGCUCAAGAAUUGGAAAACACCAUUUUGGAAAUGAGUGAUACUUUUUUCAUCAUUGUUUUUGUUAUUGAUCUUUGUAAACAGAAAUUUGCCAAUCUGUGAAAAGGGAAAUGGGCGUUCUUAGAGAUACCUUCUUCCCAGUCAAUCAGUUGAUUUUCUUAAGUCUCACAGCUGAAUCCCUGUUAUAAAAUCAUCAGUCCCAAUGGCUAGGAGGCCGUCAACAACAUUCAGACCAUCAGAUGUUCAGAUCAACGGGAAGCAAAUGUUUACACAGGGUGACAUCAUCAUAAAACCGUUAUGGAGGAAUGGUGGGAAUUUCAUAAGUAGCAGCCAGAGUGGAAACGGACAGGACAGAGAUCAUGGAGCAUGUCAGUCAGGUACAGAGAUAAUAGCUAAACAGCAGCUUGAUUUGGACUGGGACCAAGUAGGGCUGGUUCAAGGUAUUUUGACACUCGGAGAAAGAUACAUUCAUUGCCUCCUUGGUCACUGCUGGCCAGAUUCAGGAGCGUGACCGUCCCUGCCUUCUCUGCUGAUGGGUGCCAGUGAACUAAACCCCUGUGCUGAGGUGGCGCCCUCCUCACUGUGUGACUUCAAGCAGUUGCUUGGAUGGUUUGGCCACAGAACGCCCUGGAACCAUGGAGGGAAGGAAGAGGGAGUUUAACUCUUUCACUCCCACAGUUUCACAAAUUGCCCCCACCUAUGCUAUUAGAAUGUGAAGGGGAAAAUAGAAGUUUGAUGCUCAUCUUUCAUUUACCUUAAAGCAAAGGGAAUAUCAUUGCUUCAAUAUGAAAAAGGUGGGGAGUUAAAGGGUUAAACCUCUCCUGUCCCUGCACAGCCAUCAUCUGAAUUAGGGCUGCAUGCAGCUGUAAUGGGGUUUAAAGUAUUUUCAGAUGGUGACCAUAUUGGUUUGGAGUAGAAGAGUUAGAUUGGAAUCCAGUAGCACCUGAGAGACCAACAAGAUUUUUGAGGUAUAAGCUGGUAUCUGAUUAAGGGGCUUUGACUCUUGACAGUUUAUAAACCAAAAAGCUCUUAAGAUGCUACUGGGCUCAGAUCUAGAGCUUUAAAAGACACUUGAGGCUGUGGUCAUACACACUAAAUAAUGCACUUUCCACCUGGAUUUUACUGUGUGAACUGGCAAAAUCCAGUUGCAAAGUGUAUUGAAAAUGCAUUAUUUAGUGUGUGUGAUCACAGCCUACAAGGAUCCAGUUGCGUCUCUCUCUUUGUCUCUUCUGUUUUUACCCUGUUACUAAUGUCUGAAUGAAAGAGAUGCUGCUACUUAACAGUAGGAUAAAAAUAAAGCAAUUCCUUGUUACAUCUAGAGCCAUUUAAUUCUCUUAAAGGAGAAACCUGGAUACCGUAUUUUCUCAUGUCAUACUGCAAAAUUGUUUAUAACAAUAACAAGAUAUAUUUUUUAAAAAUUAAGUGCAAAAUGCCAAAUCUUCUUAAAAUGUUCAGUUUAACCUAUAGAUUUCCUUUUAUAAGAGAGCACCUUUUUUGCUCAUAUGUAAUCUUUGUAUUAUGCUACCGUUUGUAUUUAUUCUCUUUCAAAUACUGUAUUUUUAAUGGGUGAACUGAAGGGAAUGGUAAGAAAUCCAACAUUGGGAUGUAUUUAUUGAUUUCUUUAAAACAAGAAACAUUUUGGUUUUUAUUACUGUUUUCUAUAUAGUAUCUUUUUCAGAUUAAGCAACUUUUUAUUUACAUGCCUUGUAAUAAAUAAAUAAAAGUUUUCAUUUUCUUUGAAUGCUAA